AUGGAGAACAAGGCACUGGAUUUGGCGUGGACUGUCUGGACAUUCGUCAGGACUCGAGUUGGGUCGAUACCAAGCGACUCAAGCACGCUUUACAGAAAUGUCUCCUCCACUGAAGCCGACCUCGCUUCCCAAGAGACCCUGUUUGAGUACAAGGAGGGUUCAAACGACAGAACUUCAAUCAGGUCCGGGCUAUACAAGGGAUGUAUUUGGUCCACUAAGGCCGCGUUCCUUGUCUCCUAUAUAUUGCUGGCGUAUCUUGUCUUCGUCACCAAGGGACCUAAUCUAUGUGUCCUUGGAAACGAAGUGUUACCUACUCAAGCAAUUUUCGAUGAUUCGCCAGUCAUCUAUGAGACUGUUCGGUUCCAGCGUGCCGGCUUCCAUGACCGCCGUCAUAACACGAACACUCUAUACGAAGGACCCCCAAACAAACAGAACGAGGCCGCAUGGGAUCGUCUAUUGAGUGUUGGUGUUGUCGCCAUCUCAGAGGAAGAAAGCUCCAGGAUCACGAACGGCACUGCUUCAGCGGUUGGGGAUUCCAAAAAGCACAUUGUGGAACUUGAAAUGUUUCACCAAUUUCACUGCCUUAAGUGGCUCCGUGAUCAGUUCUGGCAUCUCAACGCAGCUGUCACGGCAUCCCACAAACUCGACGAUUUUCCUCAGCGAGUAAAUCACACAGACCACUGCAUUGACUACCUCAGGCAGGUCAUCAUGUGCCAUGGCGAUAUAACACCCAUCACGUUUGAGUGGAUUCCUGAUAUUGACGGAUACAUCGCUCACCACAGCACCGAGCAUAUGUGCCGCAACUUCGAUGCCAUAUUCGACUGGGCUGCAGUUAGAAACACGACUGGCCUAGAAACAGACGGGAAGCAUCAGAACAAGGAAUUGAAGCAUGCAGAAGAUUUUGAUUGA